AUGGCUACAACAGCAGUAAACCUACCAAUUCAUGAGCACCCUCUUUAUCCUUCAGCUCGAUGUAUUAUAGGUGAAUGUGAUGGCUGCCAUGUAAAUGGUUACAUGAACGAUGGGCACCCUCUCACUUUAUGUUGUGGGGAAAAGGAAGAGCCGAGCGUCACCUUGCAUGCUCAGUGUGUACUAGGAGAUUUCUCACGUCUCGUGCUAGGACAAAUCUAUUGGUUUGGGAGAAAAAAAAUCGAGUUUGAGGCGCUUCCUAACAAUCACAACACUCGGCCAUUAUGCAUUCAGUGUCAAUCUCGAUGCAAGGUCUCCGUCAUCCUAAAGAAACAUAAUGAAGACAAUCGCUAUUCGACUUCUACAGAUGCUUAUUUUAUGGCUCUCUCUGGCGUCUUCGAUGAUGAUUGGGCUAAUAAGGCCAUUCUUGAAUCCGAGAAGAGAGCCAGAGAAUGUGAAAAGGAUCUUUUGUCAUAUUUGUUGCACGGGAAACACGAGAUCUUUGCUGGGUUAGAUAAAGCAUCAGCUGAUGACACAUACAGAUCUGUUAAUAAUCUGUGGAAUAGUUACCCGAAAGACGAGGAAUUUGAACGGUUUGGGAUUCCAUCCAAGAGGGGAAGAGACUAUCAUGGCUGUAUUAUUUCAUUAGCGUCGUUCAAUUCCUCUUUUAUUUGCAAGAACUGA